AUGGCGGCAUCCUCAGGUCCUGCCAAGAACGAGCUAAAGGAGAAAUUGAAGGCUGAAAAGGCUGCUGAAAAGGCCGCCAAAUUCGCUGCCAAACAGAACAAACAAAAGCAGGAGAACACGGCGAAACCAAAGUCACAACCGAAGGUCGAACCAACUCCUACACUUCCACCCUUCCAGAAUGACACUGCCGCCGGCCAGAAGAAGAUUCUUCACUCCUUCGAACACCCUCACUUUUCCGCAUACAACCCCAGUGCCGUCGAGGCUGCCUGGUACCAAUGGUGGGAGGAAAGCGGCUUCUUCAAGCCUGAGGCCAGCAAGCAGGGUGCUGAUGCGGCCGGAACCUUCGUUAUCCCCUUGCCGCCGCCGAAUGUCACCGGUGCCUUGCACUGCGGCCACGCACUGGCCAAUGCCCUUCAGGACACUCUCAUCAGAUGGCAUCGCAUGAAGGGUUUCACCACACUGUGGGUCCCUGGCUGCGAUCAUGCCGGCAUUUCGACCCAAUCAGUGGUGGAAAAGAUGCUGUGGAAGAAAGAGCAGAGGACGCGCAUUGAUGUUGGUCGCGAGGGCUUCGUUCGAAUGGUCUGGGAUUGGAAGGACGAAUAUCACCAGCGUAUCAACAACGCCCAGAAGCUGAUGGGUGGCAGCAUGGACUGGAGCCGCGAGGCAUUCACCAUGGACAAGAACCUGAGUGCUGCCACUGCUGAGACUUUCUGCCGUCUCCAUGACGAGGGCCUCAUCUACCGCUCCAGCCGCCUGGUCAACUGGUGCACCGCCCUGAACACAGCGCUCAGCACCCUCGAAGUUGAGAAUAAAGAAAUCACUGGCCGCACCAUGCUGAGCGUGCCCGGCUACGAGCGGAAGGUAGAGUUUGGAGUCCUCACCCACUUCAAAUACCAGAUUGAGGACAGCGAUGAAACCAUUGAGGUUGCCACGACUCGUCCUGAGACUAUGUUCGGAGAUUCGGGCAUUGCAGUGCAUCCUGAAGAUCAGCGCUAUGUCCACCUGAUCGGCAAAUAUGCCAAGCAUCCAUUCGUUGACCGCCGCCUCAAGAUCGUCGCCGAUAACAAGUUCGUUGACCCAGAAUUCGGUACUGGUGCCGUCAAGCUUACACCCGCGCACGAUCCUAAUGACUACCAAAUGGGCAAGACACAUGGGCUAGAGUUCAUCAACAUCCUGAACGAUGACGGCACGUUGAAUGCAAAUGCUGGCCGGUUCGAAGGCCAAAGGCGCUUCGAUGCUCGUUAUACUGUUGUCGAAGAACUGACAAAACUUGGCUUAUUCGUCAAGAAGGAGCCUAACCCCAUGAAGAUUCCCCUGUGCGAGAAGUCGAAGGACGUCAUCGAACCUAUCAUCAAGCCGCAAUGGUGGAUGCAGAUGCAGGACAUGGCAGAUGCUGCCCUCAAAGUCGUCGAGAGCGGCGAGGUCAAAAUUUCCCCUGAAAGUGCCAACAAAUCGUACCGCCGUUGGAUGGCUUCCAUCAACGACUGGUGGGGCCAUCGAAUCCCAGCGUACCGUGUGGUGUUCGAGGGCGAGGACGCUUCUGAGGGCGACGACUCUGUCUGGGUUGUGGGAAGAACCACAGAAGAGGCGCAGGAGAAGGCUGCUGCCAAAUACGGUUCCAAGAAGUUCCACCUGGAGCAAGACCCUGACUGUCUUGACACCUGGUUCAGCUCUGGGCUGUGGCCCAUGUCCACCUUGGGAUGGCCCAACACUGAGAGUCCGGAUUUCAAGCAGUUCUUUCCAACAAGCCUUCUCGAGACUGGAUGGGAUAUUCUGUUCUUCUGGGUAGCGCGUAUGAUCAUGUUGAGCCUCAAGCUCACUGGUCGCGUGCCAUUCAAAGAAGUUUACUGCCACAGUCUCAUUCGCGACUCUGAAGGCCGCAAAAUGAGCAAGUCGCUCGGAAAUGUCAUCGACCCCCUUGACAUUAUUAGCGGCAUCGAGCUCGAUCAGCUUCAUGCCAAGCUCCACGUUGGCAAUCUUAAAGAAGACGAAAUCAGCAGAGCGAUCAAGUAUCAGAAGACGGCCUUCCCCGGUGGCAUCCCUGAGUGUGGCGCCGAUGCCCUGCGACUUACACUCAUUUCGUACACCACUGGCGGUGGUGACAUCAAUUUUGACAUCAAGGUCAUGCACGCUUAUCGCCGCUUCUGCAACAAAAUCUGGCAGGCGAGCAAGUAUGUUCUUGGUCGUCUUCCCGAGGAUUUUGUUCCUUUGAACAAACUCGACACCGCCAAGCUAUCGAUUCCAGAGCGAUGGAUCUUGCACCGCAUGAAUGUCGCAGUCAAGGGCAUUAACGACACUCUAGAGGCUCGGGAAUUUUCAAAGAGCACACAGUUUGCAUACCAGUUCUUCUAUGACGAGCUGUGCGAUAUCUUCAUCGAAAACAGCAAAACUAUUCUUUCUGACGGGUCACCCGAGGCGCAGUCAAGCGUCCAACAGACUCUGUUCCUUGCAUUGGACGUCGCCCUUCGCCUCAUGCAUCCGUUCAUGCCGUUCAUCACUGAGGAGUUGUGGCAGCGCCUUCCCAAGAGGGAGAACGAUACUGCGAAGACGAUCAUGCUGGCCCCCUACCCCGCAUUUGACGCAAGCCUAGAGUUCGAGACUGACGCGCGCGAAUACGAGUUGGGCCUGAGCUGCGCCCAGGGUAUUCGUUCAUUGACGUCCGAAUACAACGUGCGGGCAGACGGCCGUGCUUUUAUCAAGGCUGCGACUGCCGACAGCUAUGCCAAAAUUAACGAACAAGUGGCCGCAAUCAGUCUCUGAGCGGAGGAAUUGCAGAGUUGCAAGUUGUGGCCGGCUCAAGAGGGCGCAUCGAAUGGAUGCGCUGUUUUGUCCUUACGGCCGAUCUGUCUGUUUUCCCUUGAACUAGGUUCUCGUCUCAAUAACAUUGAUGCGGAGAUCAAGAAAAUUCAGGCGAAGCUACAGAAAAGUCAAGGCGCUGCAAGGAAGCAACAGGAACUCAUGUCCAAGGACGGUUUCGAGGACAAGG